AACCCUUUUUUUUUCAGUACAGCUGUCUCUCAAGUUGCGUGACUGGGAGCUGAUCUAACUGCAAACUAACCAUCAGAAGACUUCCUUUUUUCUGUUUUUCUUCAUGUAAAUAUAAUAAAAACCAUACUGGGUGUCACACCGAAGAAUCUUUUUUUUUUUUUUUUUUGGUCUAGCUGUAAAAGCUGCCAUGAAGGAAGUGCAUAAGAAAAAGGAUAGUGUUGAAGGUUCAGUUUCUGUUACAAAACAGAGAACAGGAUCCAUUGGAGAUCGCCCAGCAAGACCUACUCUUUUAGAACAAGUAUUGAAUAAGAAGAGGCUGUCCCUACUCAGAAGUCCAGAAGUAGUGCAGUUUCUGCAGAAACAACAGCAACUGUUAAGUCAACAGGCUUUGGAACAAAGGCAGCAACAGUUUCAAGGAGCACCUGGGUAAUCAGAACAGAUCGAUGACCUGUGGAUGAGUCUGGUGCUGAAGGAGGAAUAGGUUUUGUAUUUUAUAUAAAUACAAAGAUUCUCAGUGUUUAAAGGAAAACUAAAGUUGCUGCUGUUAUGUAUUUCACUUGUUUCUUGUUUGCACUUUUGAGGUUUGAGCUGCUUGGGUGUCUGCAAACUUGGGAGAAAAUCUGGAGGAGUAUUUUCUGAGUCUUUUUAAAACGUCAUUUUAAUUUUAAAUUUUUUAAUAGAAAUCUGUUUAUUAGUAAUGUUUAGCUGUACACCCUUUUCCUACCAAAGUCUUCCACUAAAUUAACAUUUUUCUGUACAAGGUUUUACUGUUAAACAAGUCACUCUUUGAUGACAAUCAUUGAAGGAAGCCAGUUACUUUCUAUGGAAGUUGUGAAAUAAAGUCCUGAAUUUGAGCCAGUCCAGUGGCAUGACCUAACAGCAAUUGCUCAGGGAUAUGAGAAACUUAUGUCCGGUAGAAUUUUGCACUACAGACAACAUGCCAUCAUCAAGAAUUUGAUCCAGUGGCUCAGAACAGUGCAAAUCAGGUGAUCCUCCUGCUAUAUAUUCGUAUCUGCAAGUUGAGUAGGUUUGAAAUGCUUGUCUAUGCAAAGCAUGUAAAAGAAUUUGUGUUUAAAAGUUCCAAAAGAGAUAAAUGGCAGAAAGCUUUGGAGAAGAAUUUUUUUUUCCUUUAUGUAGUCUUUUACUUCUAAGAAAAAAAAAAAGUGUCGUUAGAAUUCUGCUACUAAGACAACCGAUAGCUUAUCAUCUCUGGUGCUGGGCUUCUCGGGUCUUCAGCCAAUUCAGAUAAACUUGAUUGGGUUAAGAACCCAAACACUGUAUUAUGUAAGUGUGGAAUCCCAUGUUUU